GGCUGGGGAGAGACGCCAUUGUUGGGAACUGGCCGAAGGUCUUCUACUGAUUUGGGCAUAAAUUUCGUCGCUCUGGAGGUUAAAUUGUGGUUGAAAGCUCCCAAAUAGGAGCAGAAAUUGUUGGAAUUGCUGUCCUGUAUAACUUGAGGCGGCGAGUGGACAGGGCAGCCAGGGAACCUCAGCUAAAUCAUGUCUAUUUGUUGAAAUUUUGACCAGUAUUUUCUUCAUAUUUUUGUGUAUGACACCGUAAUCUCCAGACAGAUUGGUUGUAAUUAGAAUGGCCAGUUAAUAAAGAAAAGAUAUUUGAAUGAAGAUGGCAUCUUUACAACAUAAAGCUCAGUGUGUCAUUUGGUAUGGAGCAUCAAAAUCUGUGCCAACUGUUCAGCGUAAAUACCAACAGAAAUAUGGAAAGCCUCCUCCAUCCCAAGCAAGCAUUAAAUCAUGGUUCCGCAAGUUCAAGGACACGGGAAGCCUGUCAAAAUUCCCUCGAAGUGCUCGGCCAAGGAUUACCAGGGACACUGUUGUUAGGAUCUAUGAGAUAUUCCGGCGUGAUCCACUGACGUCUGUCUGUGGUGCUGCACGUGAACUUAAGUUACCGGAAUCAACAGUGCGACAAGUUAUAAGCUCAGACUUCGAACUUCACCAUUACAAAGAGAGUUCUGAGAAUGGCAAAGAAAAAGAUACCAAGAAAGUGAGGACGGAAGAUUUUUCAUCUGAUGCCGAAACAAAAGAUGGCAAGAAAUGGAAUCUGAAGAUUGUCUCUUGGAAUGUUGAUGGUCUUCGUGCCUGGUUGGAGAAAGAUGGAAUGUCAGUUUUUGAGCAUGAGAAUCCUGACAUUGUGUGCCUACAGGAAACCAAGUGUGCUAUUGCAAAACUACCCAAUGAUAUCAAGGACAUCAAUGGUUACAAAAGUUACUUCAUGUCUGCUAAACUAGAUGGGUACUCUGGUGUUGGGCUCAUCUCCAAGUUAGAGCCGCUGGUCGUGACUUAUGGCAUCAAGGAUAAGGCACAUGACGAUGAAGGACGCUGUAUCACUGCAGAAUAUGAAAAAUUUUAUUUAGUCACUGUUUAUGUUCCAAAUGCAGGAAGAAAACUUGUUACGUUGGACAAAAGGAUGGAUUGGGAUCCCAAGUUUCUCAAAUACCUUAAAGACCUUGAUGCAAAAAAACCCAUUAUUGUGUGUGGGGACCUCAAUGUGGCACACAAUGAAAUUGAUUUGGCUAAUCCAAAGGCGAACAAGAAGAAUGCUGGAUUUACCAAGGAAGAGAGGGAUAGCUUCACUGAUCUCUUAUCGGCUGGUUUUGUGGACUCGUUCAGACAUUUGUAUCCUGAUGCAACUGCAAAAUACACGUUUUGGACCUACAUGAUGAACUGCAGGGCAAAAAAUAUUGGAUGGAGACUGGAUUACUUUGUCCUUUCUGAACGCUUGGUUCCUCAACUAUGUGACAGUCUCAUCCGGGACACACUCACUGGGUCAGAUCACUGUCCUAUUACACUGCUGAUGCACAUGUGAUACCUCUUUAAUUGUCCUUAUUAGUUAACCUCCAUACUGGUGAAAUGUGAAGUAAUAUAAAUACAUAGGUCAAAUAAAUAAUGUCUUGUUUACCUUAUAUAAAAACUUGUUAGUUUUCAGUGUAAGAAGUGUUUUAAACUUACAAUGUAUGCUCAAAAUGGUGUCACUCUUUUAUAUCAAUUUUACAAGUAAUUUGUUCUGAAAUUACCUUUCUUUUUUAUAUAGAAUACAGUACUGUGUAUCAAAAUGCUAAUUAAGAAUUUUCAAUUGUUACAUUCAGCAUUUGCAUCUUUAUAGUAUUUUAUGUUAUAAAGCAUUAUCAGCACAUGCUAAGUUUGAUGUGCCUUGAAAUGCACUUAAAUGUUUUUCAUACACUUCUUGAAUAUUAAAUUUCCUGCAGGGUAACUCCUAUGAUCUUUUCCAAGUGCCAUGCUUUUGAAUUUGCUCUACACUUUGACCAUGUAACUUUAAUUCCCUUGUAUAAUAUUCUUUCACUCUUGAAGGAUCAUUUGCCUGUUUUUUAUGUAUAUAAAACCAUUCCAUGCCUAUAAAAAUUUUGUUUGACUUUUCCUUCACGAAAUCAUAACUUCAUUGAAUAUUCCUUUUUAUUUAAUUUAUUCUACAAUUGCACACAACCCACUCAAAAUAUCAAUUAACAAAUUGUGCAUAAAUUUUUGUAUUUAUGAAAGAUGUAAAAUUUGCUGAAAUUUUAAAGUACAUCUUGUAUUGAUAAGGUACAUGUAUUUCCAUUUGUUGAUAUUGUUCAUUACUAAGAGCAGUGUUUUUAUGAAGUCAGUUGUAUACAUCGAUAUGAAGCAGAUAAAUGAAACUUAUUUUUCAGGAAAUAGUAUAAAAUUCGAGGUCGGAUAUUACUACAUGAUUUGUACAUGGCUUGGAAUAAUCGAGAAAAAACAGCAGUAACGUGUGGCUCAGUGUGACAUGUUUAUUGUGUUCAUAUGUUAAGUGUGUGUAGUAAAAAAUAAAUACUGUCAGUGUUAA